UUUUAACAAAGAAUUUUUCUCUUUCCUGAAAGAAACAAGAAGCGUUUUAGAAGGUAAAAUUUGCUUCGCAAUCGGAAAUGAAAACACGUGGCCUUCUAGGGACACAGAUCGAAAAAGAGGAUGGCAAAGAUCCCUAAUGUGUCUUGUCUUUUGAGAUGAGUUGAAAAGACCUUGAUGGCGUUCAGUUUCUACACAUGAGUCUUCUAGGACACUCUUUAAGACACACAGAAGAAUUUCGAGGUACCCGGCGAACCGCAACCGAAGCUCUCUCUCUUUCUCUUUCUCUCUUUCUCAAUAGUUAAGCUUUUUUCUCCCUAGCCGUUAUAAGUUUUCUCCUUUCAAUCUACGCUUCUCCUCGGAAGAAUCAUGUCGAACGGCACCGUUUUGGUGACAAACGACUUGGAAGAAAAAUUCACGGCGACUUCUAUAGCUCAGUUCGUUUUCCUGGCAACCAUGUUCUUGUUCGCUGUGGCUGGAAAUGGUUUGGUUUGCUACAUAGUUUACCGCUUCAAACAUCUACGCACCGUGCCGAACGCUCUGAUCGUAAACCUCUCGGUGAUCGAUUUGUUCAAUUCUCUGGUCAAUAUGCCGCUCUUUGUGAGCUUCUACAUUUUCAGACUGGAUGUCUUCAAAGGAAAGUGGAUCACCUAUGUGUUUUCUUCUUUGCAUAACUACAUCAUAUACUUGAACGUGUUGACGCUCAUGGCCCUAAUGGCUGAUCGUUACGGCGCCAUUGCGUUUAAGUUUCGGUACCACUCUUGGAAAACCAAAAAAAAAGCGUACCGCGGAAUCGCUCUUAUCUGGGUCACGGGUACGGUGUUGAUAAUAUCCUUAGGUUUUUAUCGCGACAGAAUUCUAUCCCAUUAUGAGGACUUGCCUCUGAUGGAGUACCGUCGAAUUUUAUAUAAAACUGGGGGUUGGAAAGUUGCUUUGGCCCUGUUCGGUGCCCCUUUGGUUGUGAUAACCGUUUUAGGUGGACUUAUCUGGCGGUCUGUCAAGGCAAGUCGUAAGCGGAUCGAAGACUUAACUGGUAGAGAUGAAUGUACUUCUCAAGGCAAAAAAAUGCUGGACCUCCUCCGAAAAAAAGAAAUUCAAACCACUCGGAACAUUAUUAUCGUCGUGGUGACUUACUUCGUUUGCUUCGUGCCUGCAAUGGCGCUUGGUAUUUGCCUGAGAAGAGAUAUCACAGUUCCUUGGUUGGAAUACUUCGCCUUUUUCUGCUCUUAUCUAACCAGCGCGUGUAGUCCGAUCGUUUACUCGUUGCGCACUUGUCGAUUCAAACAAGUCAUCCGAGAGCUGUUCACGCCAAAUAGAAAUCGCCCAGUGUUUCCAGUUGAACUAUAAAACGUGAAAAGCAAUUGAAACGUAUUGACAAGUGCAUAAUUUUUUUUGAAGCCACCCGACAAUGUAAAGCGAAAUCUUGUCUUUAUUAUUU